AUGAUGAGCACAUCGUACUACAUAAGACCAAUGAAUCAGCAACCACCACAGAAGAAACAAAAAACGAGUAAGCAACUCAUCUAUCUCCCUGAUGACAUAGGGGAACUCAUUGUUCUGUAUGUCCCUGACCAUUAUUUAGAGACAACCAUUUUCCUUCCAGUCAUUGGAGAGUUUAUCGCAAUGAAAUUAUAUCGAUAUAUCGAAAUUGACUCUCCAUCUUCAAAUUUUACCGAGCAACUGCAAUUUCAAUUUAUUGUCAAUCGAGUAAAAGUAUCACAAGGCGUAUUUGAUAAGGGAAGUUCUAGGACUUGUUACAAGAAAUUGUCAGUAAAUCAAUUUGUUCAAGCGAGCAAAACGUAUCCUGAGAUAUUAAGAAAAUUGCCAAGAAUAAAUGUUUCAUUGAGAGAUGAUCCAAAUAGAGCGUCAUCCUUGCUUGAAUUGCCUUAUAAUAUUCACCUGAUUUCUGAUAUUCCAAAAGAAUCCGCCGUAGUGAAAUUGUUAUCCAGUAUCUCUGGGCUUUGCACUGGUCAACUUCCACAGAUUGCUGAUAAGAGUUGGGGUAAAGAUCUUCAAGAGCUUGAAUUGAGGGGGGAAAAUGGAUUGGAUGAACUACCACAUUUGUUUCCUAACUUGAAAAAGUUAAGAUUGGGUAAGCUCGACUUAGUGGGGAUCAGAACCCCGCGAUUGCCCUCAAAACUACAAUGUUUAAGUAUAGAAGGUUACGCCGAAGAAUUGGAUGUCACUUACUUAGAUAACUUGACAGAAUUUAUAGUAGAUAUUGACGACGACUUGAACAUAUUGGAUAUUAUCAAACUUCCUCUUGGAAUUGAGCGAGUGACCGUGUUUCGUAAUUACUUUGGACCGGCAAAAGAAGAGCCUGCCAAUUUAGAAAUAUACCCCAAUUUAAAAGAUAUUCGUCUUGACUAUACCUAUGAGCCUUCGCGAAGAGAUGAGCCUUGGGUAGUUUCAGUAACAUUAGAAGAACUUUUGAAAAUUCCAGAUACUUUGAAGACACUUACAAUCAAUCUUUUUAACGGGGUUUUGCUUCCUGAUAACUUAAUACUACCACCUUCGCUAAGGGUUUUAUCAACCAGUAGUAUCCCUGUGAUUUUUAGUCGCGAGCCAGGUAUGGACUGGUCUUCAGCUAUAUUUCCAGAAACUCUCACGGAGCUAACACUUGAGAUAAAUUAUUUGGAAGGAAUUGAAUUACCCAUAUCAUUGCAAAGCUUGUACCUCAGAACAACUUUUCCAAUCGAAUCAGUGAAUUUCCUAUAUUUGAAGCAUUUAGUUAACUUAAAACUUAGUGUCAUUGAAGCAUCAAAUUUAAAACAGGUAGAAUUCACGGAUCUACCGUUUGGAUGCAUUAGAACUUCCAACUUUCAGCUACCUGAUUGCGUGGAACUGCUCUCGUUCCUCGGCUGCUUGGAGCCUAAAGUGUCUGAAAUGGCGCAAUACUUUGGAUCUAGGCAUGAGAAAUUGGAUUUACUGGGAAACAGUAUUGAUCAAUUAGAUAAGCUUCCAUCAUCACUAACAUGGCUAUGUCUCAACGGAAACCCGAUUUGCAACUUUUCGACUCCGACAUUCUUCUCGGAUUUAACACAGUUACGCGAGCUUAGGAUGGCAAGCACUAAAAUCAACGAAUAUUUUGAAUCAGACCAAUCAAUGGUAUUAAAUUUCCCUUCAUCGUUGGUUAUCUUGAAUUUAUUCAACAAUAUGUUACGACCCGGUGUUGCACCACGGUUAAUCCUUCUGGGUUGUACUCAAUUGCAAGAGUUAUGGUUAUCUGCAAAUCCUAAUAUGAGAGAUGUUCAGGUAAUUAUAGACACCAUCAAAUCGUCUAGUCCUGAAAUAGUCGAGUUAAGGUUGGACGAAGAGGUUCGAAAAUAUGUAAAGGAAGAAGGCACUAACUUUUUAUGGUUUUUGGAAUGCCCACGUUGCCCAUACUGGAGUUACGAGAACGAAUGGUUUCUUUCUACUUGCUGA